CACACACACUUUUCCUCACACACUCUCUUCGCAGACUCACUGUCACUCACUUGCACACACACACACACACACUUGCUCGCUCACCGCACACACGUUUGCUCCCUCAUUCACACACACAUUUGCUGUUGCUCACUCACUCGCACACACACUUGCUCUCUUGAACACGCACUGUCACUCAUUCACUCUUGACGAAACCCGUUGUGGAGGACAGAAAAAAAAGAAACCUGCUAGUCUUUUCUGAAGCAUCACCAAUGCGAUGUAGGUUGUCGCCCACUAUGACACACUAGGGUAUACGAAAUUAAACGAUCGAAUCUUGCGUCCUGACACCCGUCUCUACAAGACCGUACAUCUAAUGGAUUGUGCAAAAUCGUGUAAUUUGAACCGGGCAUUAAGGCGCCCAUACACUUUGAACCCAUCAUGAGAUGAGCCAGUGGCUCAAAAUAUACUUGUUAUAGAUUUGGAAGGGACUCUGUAUCAUUAACACUUUCAUGUUUUUUUUUUUUUAGGCUCUGAAUGUGGAGGUGUAAACAGUGUUCUGAAAGUAAAUCUACAAGAGAGCACUAUCGAGCUUAUGAGUUACAUCCAACAAGAGAGCUUGCAGCUGUUGGUUUGAAGGAGCUUGCUGACCAGUAUCCUUUGGCCGACUACAAAGUUGGAUCCCUACGAAUGGUGACUUUAAAGAGAUUUGUACACAUGACAGAAUAAAUACAAGAUGUCUGCAACUCUGAGAGUCAUAUUGGGAGUAGACGACGCACCAAAAUUAAUCCUGCCCAAUGGAAUACCCGAUUCCAUAGAAGACCUUAAAGGAGAGAUUCAAAGACAAUUCGGCCUAUCUGGAAAUUUCAGGCUGCAGUAUAGAGACGUUGAUUUCGACAAUGAGUUUGUGAACUUAACGGCAACUUCAGAAAUCAAAGACAAGAGCACAGUUAAAGUUAUUAACUUGUCAGAUGAGACAGUCACACUCACAUUCACUACUAUUCCGCAAGGGGAAGAUGAUGUUUUGCUGUCCUCAUCAUCAGACACAGACAUACUUUCCUCCGCUGAAUCUACAUCUUCGGGUGCUUCCCUUAGAUCACAGCCAUGGCCCACAAACUUUGAAAUACCUCAGUUCAGUUAUGAGGUACAGAUUCAGUUAGAAAAGGCAAAUCAAGCCUUCUGCAGCAGUGGAACUCUUCUAAAAACAAGUAACAAACUUAGGUCUGAUAUACUAGAUGGUUUGGCAUCAGAAAUCAUCAAAUACAAAGUUUAUCCUUCUAGUACAGAGCUUGAUGAUGUGGCUCAGGCUCUGAUAACAAAGUAUCCCUUUUUAAAGGAGAAAGGAUCUGUCACUGGCUUUUAUGGAUGGAAAAUUAGUCUAAAGUACAAAAUGGCAAACUACCGCACCAGACUAAGGAGCAUUGGCUGCCCCGAGUUGAGCAUCAAUGCUGUAAAAGAAAAGCGAGGUGCCUUGAUUCAUGGACCUAACCAGGUAAAGAAGCCACGGAAAGCAGAAGUCAACUAUUGUCCUGAUUACCCUGCAGGCGAAACUAAAGAGAGCCUUGAGGAAGAAAGGAAAGCACUUACAUUGGAGGUGAAAAAGAAGAACAACCAACAGCUAAUCAAAAGUAAAAUGGAAAGAACCUUUGCCUAUAGAAGACAGGAAGUCGUUAAAGAUAUGCCCUUCAUAGCGGAGUUCAAAAACAGAUGGCCAGCCCUGUUUUCUGAGAGCCAGGUAAAUGCAGAAUUCACCCUCAUCACCACAGUCCCUCUGUUCUCAACCUUUAUGUCCCGACUGGAUCAUUACUCCAGCCAUCUAAUAAGGGUAUUCAAAAAGAAGGGGGGAACAGCAAGACAUGAUAUCGACAUAAUCAUUGCAGAAAUGGACAAGAAUCCCAGUGUUGAAGUACGACGGACAUGCAUCCUAAAGGCGUUGUGCGUCUAUUUGAAUGAAAAGCCAGACAGCCUUAUUAAGGAGUACUGCGCUAUUGAGGAUAUGACAGAAAUGGAGAGAGUGGCUUUGGGUGUCUACAUUGUUCGACCUGAUGGAGCAGAUGCUACAGAUCCACCUGAGGAUGUUGGCGUCGUCAUUGAAGGCUGCACAGUGCUGCAAGAUCUGAGAGAGAUUGCAAAUGGAUGUGCAGUCCUGUUUGGCUUGAUGUACUGUUUAAACUUGAGUUAUCCCAAGGAGUUGCGAUACACUUUUGAAUUUUUUCAGAAAGUGUUGAUGGAAUUGGAUGGGAACAAGCUCUCCACUAAAGUGCAGGUCCUCAAAAACAAACUGCAUGAGUAAAACCACUUGCACCAGAUAAGACUGGAAAAUACUUUAAUUGACCAUGUUUUUAUUUUUGGACUGCUGCCAGACAAAAUAAAGCUGCGACCAAUGACUGUUUGUAAUAAUUGCCAUUACACGUGGUAAGAUCACCUAAAGCAGACAAAAUUGUAGUUGCUCAUCGACAGUUCUUUUGGAUUUUGGACUGCUGCUAGACAAAACAUCUAGCAAGACAGAAUGUUUGUUGUGGAAAUUGAAAUUUGUUUGGUGAUUUCUAAUUGGAUCAAAAUAUAUUAAAUUGUACAUUGUGCACUGGUGUAGAAAUCUGGAUUGUUUUUUUUUUUUUUGGUUACAUAAACAUUAUACAUAAAUUGAACGUUGUCGGAUGGUAAAAGCUUCACAUACAAGUUUUAUAUUUUUGAAUUUUUAUUUAUAUUUGUUUUUUGAAUUCAUCAAUUUGAUGGGAAUUUAAACGUGCUUAAGAUAUUAAGUUUAUUAAAGUCAGGUGAAGUUACUGAGUUCACUUUACUGAGUUUACUAAGUUGUAAAAAAUGUAUUUGUUUAAAGAGGUAGAGGUUCGGCUCUCCAAAUUUCCACUUAAAUGGAAUUGUUAAAUAUUACGCUACUGCAUAUACAUGAUUAUUUAGCCUCAUUGUGUUUCUGACGGUAAAAAAAGAGGGUAAAUUACUGUAUAUCUCAUUGUCCCAAUGUCAGUGAUGUAUUCUGUGAUGGAAAAAAAAGUUGAGACAUAAAAUCUGGCACAUAGUGGACAUGGAGUGCGCAUGCGGCAAUCAUUUUUCCAUUUAGUUUGUUAGUCUGAGUGUUAUAGUUAAAACAGUUUAUUAAGCUAAAAAACAAAAGGAUUUGCCUCUAUUUUUAUUUCGGCAGGCAACACCUAUAAAAUGUUUAUGUUGUCAAUGUUCAGAUUCACUUUUUA